AUGAGGGAAUUUACUGAAUAUUCUGAUUUAGUUGCAGCCCUUCUAGUGGCAGAGCAAAACAACGAACUUCUUAUAAAAAACCACCAGUCACGACCCACAGGAACAAUAACAUAUCCUGAAAUUAAUGUCACAACAUUUAAUCGUGGACGUCGUGGUUUUAAUCGUCUCAAGAAACGUGGUGGUCAUGCUCGUUUUGAUGGUAAUAAUGGUCGUACUCAUUUUGAUGGUCAUAGUCGAGGAGGAUAUCAUGGCCGAAAUUUUUUCCACGGUCGAAACCAUUUUCGUGGUAGAGGACGUGGACGAGGUCAUAUUAAUAAUUAUAGAUCUCCCAGAUAUGACCAGAAUAAUUGGAAUCAUCAAGGAAAGGGAAAGUAUAUCCAAGAAGGUCCCUCGAGAAACUAUGAGGAUGUAUGUUUCAGAUGCGGAAAGAAAGGUCAUUGGUCUAAGGUGUGUAGAACACCAGAUCAUUUGUGCAAAAGAUAA